CACAGUGUAUGUAUAUAUACACACACUGUGAAUCUGUAGUUUCUCUCCGAGUGUGGAGGGGCGAAUCCUUGCCCUAGUCACCACAGGUUAUGUCUACUUCUCUCUCGAUCGACAAGAAUCUUCGACAUCACUGUCGGGAUCGGUGAGAAUCUGAAGGCAAAGGUCUGAUUGUUGAAGAAAUCUGAAUAUAAGACGUAAAAAAAAAUGGAACCUUUUUUUUUAUGUUAUUUUAGAUUGGUUCAUAUCGUCAUUCUCUGUUGAUUUUCUGGGGAAAUUCUCCGAAGCAACAAGAUGGCGAGGCUCGGAGAAUCUUUUCAAAGCUUGGGUACUUACGUUGCUGCUACGUCACAUCUGUCAAAGUCUCUUCCUUUCUGCAUCCGUAGAUUCUCUCUCUGGUCAAUGAAGAAAGAGCCUGAUCUCGAAUCCGCCCUCUCUAGAAACAGGAGAUGGAUAGUUAACAAUCAGAUCAAGAACAUCAUCUUAAGAUGUCCGGAUCAGGCAGCGACCGUUAAACAUCUUCAGAAGAAGUUCAAGACCCUCGAUCUGCAGGGGAAAGCUUUGAACUGGCUCAAGAAAUAUCCUUGUUGCUUCGAUGUGUAUCUCGAGAAUGACCAGCACUAUUGUCGUUUAACUAAGCGGAUGUUGGAAUUGGUAGAGGAGGAAGAGUUGGUGAAAGAACAGCAAGAGCCUGUGUUUGCUGAGAGAUUGGCUAAGCUUCUCAUGAUGAGCGUUAAUCAGAGGAUGAAUGUCGUGAAGCUUAAUGAGUUGAAACGUAGUUAUGGCUUCCCUGAUGACUAUGUUGUCAGGAUAUUACCAAAGUACUCUGAUAUGUUUCGGUUGGUUAAUUACACCGGGAGGAAGAGCUCAAUGGAGAUUGAGCUCUUGUCUUGGAAGCCCGAAUUGGCGGUUUCUGCUGUGGAAUCUGCAGCCAUGGAGCUUGGCAUCGAGCCUAGUUUCUCGUGUUGCUUGCCAUCUACAUGGACGAAAUCGUGGGAAAGAUUUAGAGAGUUCAAUGCUUCUCCUUACAUCUCCCCUUACUCAGAUCCAACGGGCUUGGUCGAAGGUUCAAAGGAGAUGAAGAAGAGAACAGUUGGUUUGGUUCACGAAUUGCUCUCGCUGACAAUGUGGAAGAAGCUGUCGAUUAUAAAGCUGGGUCAUUUCAAGAGAGAGUUUUGUUUGCCGGAGAAGCUGAAUGUUCUGCUUCUGAAACAUCCGGAUAUGUUUUAUGUCUCGAACAAGUAUCGGAUCUACACAGUGCUUCUUAGGGAAGGCUACAAUGGUUCGGAGUUGAUUCACAAGGACCCUCUUGUGGUUGUGAAGGAUAAAUUUGGUGAACUGAUGCAAGAAGGGUUGCAUGAAUAUAACCGGAGGCGUCAUUUGGUGAAUUUGGAGAAGAAAAGAAAGAAAGGCAUCGAAUUCGUGAAAAGGAAAGACAAGAUUCUUGAUGAAGAUGACGAAAAUGAACGAGACAAUGGCGAGGAUAAACGUGACGGCCUGUUUGAUCCGGAAGAGAGGAAACGGUUCUACAAGAUCCUCUUUGAUGAUUAACUGAUAAAAACUUCUUCUUUUUUGGCAAAGUUGCUACAUUUGUAUCCAUAUAGAUGCUAAACCGGAAGAAAACUGGAAGAAGGAUUGUGUUUCAAAGGAAGGGAAGAUUCAGAAUGCUGACAAAUGAAUCAGAAGAUGGUGAUACUUGACCCAAGAUUAUGAUUU